CGGACCUGAGCCUUAGGGGGCGGGACCUUCCCGCAUCUAAGAUGGCGGCGCCAGAGUCACGUGGUGCGCGCUGAGGCGCCGGCUCGCGGCGGGGUCCGGGACAUGGCGGCCUCGGCGGCGGCAGCUGAGGAGGAGGAGGAGCAGCUGGUCAUGGUGGAAUUAUCUGGAAUUAUUAAUUCAGACUUCCUAGAAAAAUGUGAAAACAAAUGCAAGAUUUUGGGAAUAGACACAGAGAGGCCCAUUUUGCAAGUGGACAAAUAUGUCUUUGCUGGGGAAUAUGAAGAUACCCUUGGAACCUGUGUGGUGUUUGAAGAAAAUGCAGAGCAUGUGGACGCAGAAGGAAACCAAAAACUACAGCUGAAAUACAAGUGCCACACGGUGAAGAAGCUGAACAUGACACGUACUCUUCUGACUGAAAAGAAGGAAGGAGAAGAGAACAUAGGUGGUGUGGAGUGGUUACAGAUUAAAGACAAUGAUUUCUCAUACAGCAGACCUAAUAUGAUUUGUAGUUUUCUGCACCAAAAGGAAGAUUCUGAGGAGGCAGCUCAGGCCCAGGACAAAUUGGCAGAUGAGUUGGAGGGAGAGGUCAAUGACAAAGGGAACUCUGACCUAAAUUACGAACUGGAGAAGCAGAAUAGCAUGGAAAUGGAUGAGUCUAUCCCUCUCGUUGAUAGCCCUGCCUCUGAAGCAGAGAACUCUCCUUCAGGAAGUGCCCAGGACAUUACUUUAGAUAAUGCUCCUAGGUGAUGUCAAGUCUGCAGCGUCCAGAAGUGAGGAUUAAUGGAGUUAGUUAAUAUUAUGAACCAAAUUUUUAAAGUCACCUCAACUUGACCUCCACUUUAUGUGAGUAAUUAAUAGUGAGUAAUAGACUUGAUUUUAUAUACAGUAUUGCUAAAGGGACACUAGUUAGUUUCAAAACCUCCAAGUUGAAAAUUAAAAAAACCCAAAACUUUAAACCAUGUUGUGAAUAUUUUUGAAAUAAUUCCUUUAAAAACACUUUCAGGGUUUUUUUUUUUUUUUUUGCUCCCCUUUUUGACUAACCAUUAUAAUCAGUUUCUUCCUUGCAUACUGUUUGUUUGGGGGAAAUAGUGAAACUGACAUUUCAUAGCAUGUUAUGUACAAAGUAAACAUUGCAUUGUUUUGUCAACUUGUUUCAGACAGUCAUAGUAAUCUUAGAUGUUUUUAACUAUAAUAAGUACAACAUUUUCAAACAAAAAUGUGACUUUCACACUGACUCUUUUUUCUCUAAAUUAGUGUGUGUUCUCUAUGGAAAACUGUUGUGGAAUAGAGUGAAGUAAUGUGUCAUUUGUGGUGUCCUCCGUUCUCCACUAGCCUAUUGUGCUCAUCUUUCUGUUGUUUUCAGUGUUUAAAGUAAUAGCACAAAACAGAUUUUUACAUUUCUAAAUGUUACAUAGAUAUGACAUUGGUCAUUUUGGUUGCUGCACAGUGGAAAUAUUGGUGGAAGGUGAACAAAGGAUAGGAUGGAGAAGUGAGUAAGGCUAGCAGGCCCAGCAUUAGAGAUACAGGGCCAGUUCUUCAUCUGGUGUAAUUGGAGUAGCUCCAUUGACUUCUUCCAUCUCUGCCUAGAGUAACUAACAAAAAUGUUUGUGUCCUGGAAUAAAUUUAUUGUGGAGUUUCUAAAUUAGCAUUUAGAAAUGUGUUAAUCGAUUGCCAAGUAGCUGAAGUUACAACAGGAUCACAACUCUAAUCUAGACAUACUUGGUAUUUCUUCCCAGAGCAUUUCUACUGGGAAAAUUGGGCCGUCUAAGAGACUGUUUAAAUAUACACAUUGCCCUGGUUUAAAUUACAUUGUGUUGGUUAAACUAAUGCAACUUCUAUAUGUGGAGACUCUUUCUUUUAUGUAGGUUUAAAACAAGUUUUUGGUUUGGCUUGCACCUCAGUACGCUUACCAACACAAGGUAAAUGAUAUAAACCAGGUUUAAAUGGCGAUGAAUAUCCAAACACACAAUAGCACUGGUUUAACUGAGUAUAAAAUUACAUCUUUAGUUAACCUCUGUAUGUAGGCCAGGUCUAAAUCUCCACUGGCAACAGCAAGAAAAUGCAGCUCUACCAGUGAUAGCAAGAGAACUUUUGCCCUUUCUACACUACAGCUUCCAAUAUUUCCUAGUGUUAGGCAAGCUUUAUGAUACUGUCCUUCUGGUGUGAGAACCAGAAAGCAUAGAUUAAUAGUUUUUUAAACAUAAUUUGGUCUAGUGAUCAUUACACGUGAAGUACUCAAGGACAAAUUCAGAUAUAAAUCAGAGUUAGCAAUGAAGUUUUGGCUACAAGGGAAAACAUAAAAGGAAAAAAAACAGUUCAUCUUGUUCCCGAGUAACAUGGUUCAUGGUAGAAAUAUCGUAACUUUUUGCUUACAUUUAAGAUAAACUGUUUUCAUUGGUAGCCUCCUAGCAUAGCAUCCUCCACUUUCUUUUGUUCUCAGCUUUGGUAUAAACACAUUUUUAUGGUCUACUAGCAAAUGUUUUUGAUUAUGUAUAAAUGUGUCUGUGAUGAAGAAAGAGGAGUCAAGGUUUUCAAAUAUUUCCAGGCUCUGCUCUUCCCCCAUAGUAUUCUCUAAUCACUUCCUUAAUAGUAUUAUGUUAUGCUACAAUUCCUAUUGUAUGUGGACAAAGAUUUAUGUCAGAAUACAUUAUGUUUACCAAUAAAAUAGGUAUUUAUUCCUAACACCAGCACAACUAUGUAAUAAUUUAGUCAUUAUGAAAUGUAGGUUGAGUAAUUCAUCCCCAACUUUCUGAGUACAGCCCAGAGGCUGGGAUAGCCAGUCAAAUGGGACCUUAUUUCCUUAUUCACCAACCCCACUGUCUGUUCUUCAGUGGGGAAGUAACAAUUAGGUCUCAGUAGUUUUUAUUCCUCUUUCUGAAUUCCUUCCACUUUAUGGACUUAGAUCUCCUGUUGAAAGGCUAGCAUGGAGGGCUUUAGGGGGAAGCUGUUAUUCCUCUGUUCUGGGCUAACUCUGGAUGCAGACCCAAAAAUGUAGAAGUUUAUCUGCAAAGCAUUAUGCCAGCCUAACUUCUGUCUGAAUUGUUACUUGUUCUCAGGGGUAAAUGUGCUGUAACUGUUGCAAUGGGAGCCUCUGUCUUGCACUGGGGCAGCUAGCCGGUUUGGGCCUUGAUUUAAAAUGACAGCUGCACCUCCUGCCAUGGAGACCUAGUUGAUGUGCUAUAUGUGGCAUCAGAAAAUGCCUCCUUGUCAGAUUUUGUUACUGGCAGCAAAAUCUGACACUGAGUAUGUAUCAUGUAUUAGUUCCUCAUCAAAAGAUGCUUUCUUUUCUUCUCAUGUACAAUAUUGACCCUAUCAGAACUGGCUUCCUUUCACCUUUCCUCAUCCCUCCUUUAUUUCAGAAGGGUACAAACAGUUUAAAACAUGGAAAUAAUUUGGCAAAUGUGAUACGUUUGAAUUAAUUUGUUAAUAUAUCUUUACCAUAAACAUUUUUAUUUUUCUACAUUUAAAAAUACUAACCUUAUCAUAACGAUUAUUAAACUUCAAUAUUGGGUACUUUAUUUACAUAUCAUUUUAAAUGUUCAUUUUUAUUAUUAAAUACACUAUUGCAGCAGUGCACUCUCCUUAAUGUCUAAGGCUUGUCUACACAAAUACUAAGUUAUUAAAUCUAUUAUUUUGGGUGACAUUUGA